AAAUUUUGUUUCCUUCCCCAGGAAUUGUAAGACCCCACUUAAAAGCAGACCAGACUUCACUUCACAGUAAAAUGGAAAGUUCUGCCUGUAACAUGAUGACUAGAAGGAAACCAGCAGCUGUUGACAGUGUUGCAAUGCCAACUCCAGUAUUACCUCUCCUACCUUCAGCAGCAGCAGCAUCUGAAGCAGCCAGCCCACCACUGAAAAAAAGGUUCAAGCACCGUGAAAUCGAAGCAAUCCAGUGUGAGGUGCGCAAGAUGUGCAACUACACCAAGAUCCUGUCCACAAAGAAGAAUCUGGAUCAUGUGAACAAGAUCCUGAAAGCCAAGCGGCUGCAGAGACAAUCAAAGACAGGCAAUAACUUUGUCAAGAAGCGGAGGGGGCGUCCCCGGAAGCAACCCCUCUCCUUUGACGAAGACUCCAGAGACCAAAUGCCCAUUCUGGAAAAAUGCAUUGACCUUCCCAGCAAAAGAGGUCAGAGACCAACACUGAAUCCAUUGAUACUGGAGCAAGCAGCCACCCAAGACACAAUCAUGGCCACCAUAGAGGCUGUCAUACACAUGGCUCGAGAGACGCCACCCCUGCCACCUCCUCUUCCUCCUCACCCCCUGCCACCCCCUCUCCCUCCACCCCGGAUGCCCCGGGUUGGGAAAAGGAAAAGUAAGUCCCCACAGGAGGAGGAGGAGGAUGUAAAAGUGAAGCGGCACCGGAAAGGCAGAGGAAAUGAAAGCGAAGGCCUUCCAUAAGGCCAGCACACCCCAUCGGAUGUCAGGUGCCGGUAGCAGGGCAUGCUGGGACUGGUGGACUGGAGGCACACGGUCUGCUUUGCCCCCACGGCAGCACCGGACUUAUCCCUCAGGCGGCCGAAACCCAUCAUGGAGAGCUGUGCCAGCUGGGGUUCACAUCUUCCUUUUCAUCGCUUCGGCCCCGGCCCCUCAGGAAAGAGGGGGAAAGGGUGAGGGGCUGGAAAGGUGGGGGCGAGGGGGGGGGGGGUGUCAAAGUUGGGGAUACUGUCUACUUUGCAGAGUUUCCAAAACUAAUCAGCAUCUUGGCAUUGCUGUGCUCACACCGUACCCGGAGGCAGGAGGUCGUCCUCACAGAGAGCUGAACGUUGUCACUAGGGCUGCAUGCUCGACUCCGAUUAUAUUUGGCAGGCCAGGUGAAACUAAGAGUAACCAUACCAUAGUAGAAAUCACUGUAAAAAAAGAAAAAAAAAGAAAAAAAAAAGAGAGAAAAAAAAGGAACAAAAAAAUAGUGUAAUUUUCUCAACUGUGAUAUUGCUUAUAAUCUGAAUUUUUCUUUUCUUUUUUUUUUUUUCAGUUUUAUAUAACUACCGGGUUUUGGGGCAGCAUAACCCCAAAUGCCUGACUCCUAUAUAUAUAUUUUUUUCUCAUUUACUUGCCUAGUUACAACAAGUUGCAAUAUAGACAAUAGAAAAGUAGAGCCUUACAUGUGCACACUCUCAUUCUGAGUGCUAUCCCAAGGAACGACGGAAUAUCACAACAUUUCAAAUAAGGUGUACAAGGAUAUAUUCAGUUAUGAUAGCAUGUUUCUAUGAAGCAACUUGGCAUUUCCAAUGGCAUGUGAAAAAGGGGUCAUCCAUCAACCAAGUUGUUUUGAUGCUCAGUACAUAUGAGUAGAGAACAGCAAGACACUUCUGGGGAAUAGAGUUAUAGUAAACAUGGACAAAAUCACCAAAAAAAAAAGAAUAAAAAGUGAAAAGAAAAAAGUAGGACAGAAAAAAUAGAGUAAAAAGACAGGGCCCAACCCUACCAGUUCUUACCACCUGCAAUUCCCAGUGAAAUUAUGGGAAACCCAGGAUCAGAAUUAUUUGCAUUGAGUAGCAAUGCCUUGAAAUGUUCUUUUAAAGAAAAUAGAUAAAGUAGAUAGUUUAAAAAAAAAUAGAGAACAAAACCCUAUGGAAAAUAGGUUAUUUCUUGGCAAUUAUUUCUUAAAAAAUAAAAGGAAUAAGUGUUCUUAUCUGAAAAUAAAAAUAAAAUGUUCAAAGGGUAUCAACACUGCAAUUUUAUUAAUGCCACUUUGGACAUGUACUCCAAGUUGUGGUUGCCUUAAUAAACUAAAAUAAUUUUUUUUUGUACAUAAUGUAAUUAUAAAGCUCUCAGUCUGCAUGGAUGCAAACUGUGUGUGACAAAUUGUUUCUUUAAAUGGACAGUUCAAAUUGUACAUUUCUCAUUCAAGUUGUAUGUUAACCAUUGUUCUAACUUGGGUAAAAUACCCGAACUCCAUUUCCACAGCCCAGUCAAAUGUUUAACUCAAAGACUGAACAUGAAGCUGUUCCACUGCAGUAACAACGCUUUAAAAUAAUAAUAAUAAAAAAAUCAGUUGUUGAAAUUUGAAAUAGGGAAAUAGGUACAUUCAACUUUAUUUUAUUUCUUUUUAAAGUCCUUCAGUACACCCAACAUCUGACAUGGCAAGAUGGAUAUUAAAAUUGGGAGGGGGAGGAGGGAAAAUUCCAGUAAGGGAGUGGGGAGUGGAAUUAUUCAAUGAUUCAUAAGCCAACUGUUAUUCCCAUGACAUAGCAUGACAGUAAAAAAAAAAAAAAAAAAAAAAGAAAGACAACAGAAAAGAAAAAAGUCUCCACCAAAAAAAAAAAAGCGUUUUUAUUCUUUUAUUUACAAAAUCAUAUCAAGACUAUGGUGUUAAAGGGACACUGUAAACAUACAGCUCAUUAUUCUUAGAGACUGAUUUUUCUUCUGUGAUAGCACCUUAGCUUAUUAAAACUGUAUGCGUUUGGGGUUUGGACUGGGGGGCUGGGAGAGGGUUUUUUGUGUUGUUUUUUUUUUUUUUUAAUUAUUUUUUUAAGGCUGGAACAAAUGUUGAGAUCCUAUCUCCUUAAAACUGAUAAGAUGGAUCGCAGAAUUUUGUUUCCGAUUUGUUUUACAUCAUUCAUCAUACUAAUUUGUGCUUUUAGUUUUCCAAUUAAUGCAGCUUAGAAAUAAACUGACUGGUUGCUGCUUCUGUUACAACCAGCUUUGCCUUUCAUUUCUCUUAAAUCAGUGCAGUGUUAUCGACUGAAGCUGUAGGCCUGCAGGAAAAAAAAUGCUUAUGCCUUCUCCAGCUCCUCCUUUCUUUCUUAAAAAGCAUUGGAUGGAGUUUUAGUUGAUUCAGAAACCUUUGGUUUUCCAUCUUUCCCUUGGGCCUGCAAGUAGUUGACAGUGUCUCUUAAAAUGCAAG